AUGCUUCCGUGUAUCUGGUGUGUUAUGAUGAACGAACCGGCGGCGCCUUGCAUCUUCUCUUGCACCCUGCAGCAGUUGGCGUUGAUCCUGAUCGGUGGUUCGGCCAAUCGAAGCGCCGAUACCAAAAACAGUAGUAUAAUCGUAUCCAAGUUUCCCUCGAGAUUGGUGGCCAUGUCCCACACCGUUCAGCUGCAGUUCAUCCAGAAUUGA